ACUAUUUUCAAGCCUAAGUUUAGGUUUGAAGAAUUCAAAUGGCAAAUAGUAUUAAUUAUGCAAGAAUUUUAAACUGCUUGAAUUGUUAUUUCACAAAAAGGUUAUUCAACACUUCAUCUAACCUUGAAAGGCUUCGUUCAGAGUGGAGGAGAAAUAGGGCUCCAUCUAACACAAAGCUUGGCACUGAAAAUAUUACCGAAGUAAGAAAGGCUUAUGGAGGAUUUAAAAAGUGGAAAGCUGUCACAGUGAAGAGUGGUAAAUAUAGUUUAACAUCUCAAAAUAUAGAUCCUGAGGAGCUGCAACUUGUAGAUAUUGCUCAUUGUUCUCAAGCUUAUGAGGAGAAAGUUAUAACAUUGCACACGUAUGUUAUUGUAGAUGUCAACCCUUUAAAAGAUAAAAUUAAUAUUGAAAAGCUGACCUUAAGUGAUUCCACCUACAUACAUAUUAAAGAGUUGUUUGAAUCGGGCAAACUUUAUGCAAAAGUUACUACAAAACCAGGGCAGGUUGGAUUGUGUGAUGGCUACAUCGUAGAAGGGUUGGAAUUAGAUAAUUUAGUUAAUAAGAUCAAAAAUUAUCGAUCUGUAUUACAAUAGUUUAUAGGAAAUUACAUUUAUAAAUUGUUUGUUGUCAUUUGAAACGAAAAUCUUUUAAA